CAGACAUCCGCCCCAACUCAUCGAAACGCUCUACACUAACCGAUCAACACGCUCUUGUCUAUUCCACCUUGUGGUAAUCAAUGAGUUGAAUAUGGCCCAGUUAUCGCCAGCGUCAACCGCGUCAUUCCGCGUCGGAAGCACUGUUCCCAAUUUCGAAGCCGAGACGACUCAGGGAAGAAUCAACUUCUACGAGCAAAUCCAGGGCUAUUGGGCAAUCCUCUUCGCCUUCCCCGAUGACUUUACCCCAGUUGCCACUACAGAGCUGGUCAGCUUCACGGAGCUCCAGUCCGAGUUUGCCCAGCGCCACGUGAAGCUCUUCGCCCUUUCUACCAAUAAUACUCUGAACCACAAAGGACAGUUCGAGCCUCACGAGAAGUGGGUCAAAGACGUUAAUGAGAUCAGUAGCAUCCCUCUCCUGUUUCCUAUCAUCAGCGAUGGUGAUGGGAGAAUCUCCUUGGCGUUCAAUGUCCUUGAAGAGUCGGAUGCGGAUGCAGUGAAGGCUGAUGACGCCGUUGGCGAGGGCCUCGCUUUCCGGUCGCGCACUAUCUUCGUUAUUAACGACCAAAAAAAGCUAAGGCUGAUCUUCAACUACCCGGCCGCUGUCGGGUUGAACACCGCCGAGGUUCUCCGCGUGGUCGACUGUCUCCAGACCGCCGCGCGCGCCGACAUACAGACUCCAGCGAACUGGGUUCCGGGAGGAUCGGUCGUCGUGCCUCUCAAGUACGACGACGAGGCUGCUAAGAAAAAUUUCCCUGGAUUCAAAGCUCUGAAGCCGUACCUUCGCGUCUACCCUCUUCCCAAGGAGGAGACUAGCUUGACGCUGAUUGGAGGCUUGUCUGAAGACGUCGCUGCGCAAUUCCUGGCAGUGGGCGAUGAGCCCGGGCUGGACGUGCCCGAGAGAUAUCAGGCCCCUAAGAGCCCUGGUUUAUCCUUGCUGCCUUCGAUUUCUGCACAGGAAAUUGACGUCAAAUCUUAUGCAUCCGUGCAAGCUGCACCAGAAUAUGGCACUGCAAGCUACGAAGAGCUGGACUUCGAACUAGUUCCGACACUUGAUUCGGUUUGCCGCAUGAUCAAGAUUGCUAGCUCUGAUAAAAGCGGAACAAUGUUCGAAGGCAAAUGCAACGUAUAUUGGGAUAUCAUGAAGUUCUAUGAACGGGAGUUGGACCAGGGCGCUAGGCUUCACAACGUCGUCACCGUCACGGGCACACCAACGCAUGCGGAAAUGGACUCGUGCGAGAAAUUCAUGAAGAAAAUAUGGUUUUCGUCAGCUCUCGUUGAUUGUCUCGAUGCAUUUAUGCGAGCCUCUACAAUCCGAGAUCCCGACAAGCUCUACGAUAAUACGCAUCUCUCCAUUGAGAGUAAGGAGCAUGAAGGCCUUGAAUAUACUUGUUUCUCGAUAUCUGGCCCGCUGCUUGAAGUUGGUCGAUUGGUUCAGCAGCUUGCCUGGCUUACGGCAGCAUUCACACUUCCCACGCGAAAUGCCCUAACGGUAUCAACAGCCGUCUUACGUAUUGCCGAUCCAGGAUUGAUUGACAUUCGAUCGAAAAAGAUUGACGACCGCAGUACCUUAAUGCGAGAUUCGGUCGACCCUGGAGUGAAUCCGACUUGCUGGCAUCACCUCUUGCGUGGUGCUGUUUUGGCGUGCGGAUUUCCCAUAUCAGCGCGGGAAGAAGGCAUGGGGUUGGAGAUACCGUUUGAUCUGAUGGUUGGUCUCGCAGAUAUUCGUACCCAGAUAGAUAUUGGUGAGGGAGCAGCUCUGCUGGGUGGACCUGGAAUCGUGUUGUAUCCGACCAAAGUUCUGAGGGACAGCAUACAAUGGCACUGCGCCAAGGUUGACGAUGACGACUACGCGAAACACGACUCUGGUUCGACUACAGUCCUUGCCAAUCAGGAUUUUGAGGAGCUCUCAAGUCGCAGAACCUUUCUUGGACAUUACUCUCUAGCCGAGGUCUACCUGGGAACCAAGGAUCUCGUUGAAUCCAAGGCAGGUCGAUGUGAAAGCUCCGGGUUUAACCCAGGACCGGAAAGGAUCGAGCUUGCAAAAGAAGGGACAUUCAGCGGGGGAUUUUCCAUCAAGAGCAUUUUCUCACUGUCCUUCGGCGGCAAAUAUGUGCUGACAAAAACCUUACUGGUUUCGUUGGAAGGUCGUACUACAUUACAAGAACUUGCGAAAAAGGCAAAAAGUCAGCCCGUGCUCCUCUAUGAUACGGAAACCAAAUCUGCCUGGUUAGUGUCAGAGAUUAGCCUGGUAUUGCAUAUCACCCUUGCAUAUCUAUCAGAUCCUGAGAUUCAAAAUAGGCGGCGUACUGGUUUCAAGAGGCUUUCAGGAGAUUGGCCAUUACUGCCAUACGCUAAGCCGUCUCCUGAUGGUGGUUUGGAAGCGCACACAGUUUGCAUGAACGAGGACAAUUGCAACAUUGAGUUGUGGUGGGACGAGAAGGAGAAAAAGAAGUUCGGGCAUGUCAUACAGGACUUCUUACGAGAUUUUCGGUCGAUCAAAGAUGCGAUCAUUGCUCAGUCCAAGGGCUGGCGCCCCUGGCCUCUGCCGAAGCUGGGGCUUAGAGGUUGGGACUAUGCCGAUUUUCUGAGUCGGAACAGUCAAGUAUGGCAAAAGGAAGUGCCUCGCGACGGUUUUGAGACCUCCUGGUGGAAGCUGGAGAACGUUGAGGGAACGCUAGUCAUUCUUGGCCGUGGUUUCGGGAGCGUAAUAUGGCCUUCCCGGAAUUCCAAUCCCUCAGGACUAGUUAACAUCCAGCCUGAAGCUAGGCUGUUGGUUGCCAGCAAACCAUGCAUGGAGAUCUUGCGGAAAUCCGACGAGCAUGGCAAAUACUCUCUUGGCUCACUGGAAUGGAGGUCUGUCAAGCAACGGUCGUGUUGCAGUAACGCCUGCGAUAAGACGUCUUGCUUGAACAUACAAAUCUUGAGAUCACACCGACCCUUGAAGGACAACACCGACGAUCCACCUCAAAUACUGUUGGAUUCUCAGGCUGUUAUUUUUGGAGAGGCGGCGCACUAUCAUGAGGCUCUUACAAUAGCGGCAAAAUCUAACUGGAGCAAAAUAGCAGUGAAACCCCACCCCGGCGAGUACGUCCGACUGGAACAGAUGCAGCUGUCCAAUGACAACACAUCGCUGAUAGGAUGGGUCGCCGUAGCCAAUCUUGCAUUCGAGAAGGACGUCAGUUGCCGGUAUACUUUCGACAACUGGGGAACGUACUUCGAUGUUACGGCUCAAUACGUCUCUAAAAACCAACAAAACCAGGAUCGAUUCACUUUCAAUAUCAGCCCCCCCGACCCGGCCAACCUCGAGUCCAAGGCCAUGUACUUCUGCAUCCGAUACAAGGUCAAGGAGAUGGUAUUCUGGAACAACAACAGUGGCUCCAACUUCCGGGUGGAUUUCGCUAAGAAGAUGCUGUUCUAGACUAGUAAAAGCGGCCUUCAAGGGGUUGCUUCGGGACUGGUAAUGCGCCACCUCGAAAUACGCUUCGAAUGACGCGGGUUUUUGGCGUAUGGUAUUUGAGUUAUAUCACACAAUAGCGUACGAAGUGAUAAGGAUCAAAUUGAGUAUAUUGACUAGUUCUAAGGAGGAGUGAAGCGUGAGAAAGCUAAGGAAUCUAAUAUACUUAAGCUCACUUAUUUACUUAUAUAAUUAACUCAUUAAUAAGCGUACUAAGCUUAAAUUUGCC